AUGGCCGACGCUGUGAGAGAGAUCGCUGCAAGACAGCCGCCAGAUGCGGGAACUGCGGCUUCAAAGCCUAAGCCAAAGGCACCUCAGAAACAGCCAGAGCCAAUGGAGCCGAUCAUUGCUUUCUACAUCUUUCUUGCAGCACAUUUAGCAGCCGCGUUGUACUCACCCAUCCAAGACUGCGAUGAAGUAUACAACUACUGGGAGCCAACUCAUUACCUCAAUCACGGCUAUGGCAUGCAGACUUGGGAGUAUUCGCCCGAGUACGCCAUUAGGAGCUGGACUUAUGCAGGCAUUCACUCCAUCGUUGUGUUGUUCAGCCAUCUCCUGCCAGUGGGAAACACCAAGAGGUUCGAGUUCUAUUUCGUCCGCGUCAUCCUAGGCUUCAUUUGUGCGUUCAGCGAGGCACGACUCUUUGCAAAGAUUUCUAAGACGCUAAACCCACGGAUCGCCAUCCUCUUUCUUGUAAUUGCAGUGUCCAGUCCAGGCAUGUUCCAUGCUUCAGUGGCGUACCUACCGUCCAGCUUUGCCAUGUACACCACCAUCAAUGGUCUAGCUGCCUUCAUGGACUGGCGCGGAGGUAUGCGCACCGCGCAAGGCAUCAUGUGGUUUGGCGUUGGUGCUGUCAUCGGCUGGCCAUUCUCGGGAGUGCUGGUGUUACCGUUCGUUCUAGAGGAGAUACUGAUGGCUACAAUGACCGAUUCUGUCUUCGACAUGGCUCGAAGGUUUCUAGACGGCACCGUCAGGUCAUUCAUAGCGCUCGCGUUGCAGGUCUGCAUCGACACCUUUUUCUACAAGGCCAUUACAUGCGUGCCUUGGAACAUCGUCGCAUACAACAUCUUCAGUGGCCCUGGCAAAGGCCCCAACAUCUAUGGCACUGAGCCGUGGGGCUUUUACAUCCGGAAUUUACUGAUCAACUUCAAUGUUUGGUUCGGUCUUGCAUUGCUUGCAUAUCCAUUGGUGCUCUUGCAACACGCCAUCCGCGGCGGAUCCCAGAAGCAACCGCUGCUCCGCAGCCUUACUUUCGUUACCCCUUUCUACCUUUGGCUGGCCAUCUUUACGGUACAGCCGCACAAGGAGGAGAGGUUCAUGUAUCCGGCAUAUCCACUGUUGGCUUUCAACGCCGCGAUGUCCUUCCAUGCCAUCCUGUCUUACCUCGGAUCAACUGACACCAGAGACAUAGUCAGCAAGAUCCCCGCAAGAUUCAAGCUGAUCAUCGUCUCUUUGUUUGUGCUCGGCGCCGUUGAUCUCGGCGUCUUGCGGGCCCUGGGCAUGGUCACCGCCUAUUCGGCACCCCUGAAGGUAUACAAGCCUUUGCAGCAGCCCGGUGUCGCCCUCCCAGGAGACACCGUAUGUUUUGGAAAGGAGUGGCACCGAUUUCCGUCAUCGUUCUUCCUACCGAACGAUACGCGCGCAAAGUUUGUCAAAAGCGCCUUUACUGGACUUCUGCCGGGCGAGUUUAGCGAAGCAAACGUUGGCUUUGGUUUCUUUCCCGGUGCUUGGCUGGUACCGUCUGGUAUGAACGAUGAGAACAGGGAGGAUCCGGGCAAACAUACCGACAUUGAUUAUUGCAAGUUCAUGGUCGACUCUUAUUUUCCGAACUCUACAGCUUCGAAACUGGAGCCAGACUAUGUACUGGACACAAAGACAUGGGAGACGCUGGCAUGCGAGCCGUUCCUGGAUACGGCCAGAACAGGCACGCUGGCUCGCCUGUUGUGGGUGCCAGACUGGCCGUCCAUACCGGAGGAGUAUCGCAGGAAGUGGGGUCAGUACUGCCUGCUUCGGCGAAGGGAGUCUCCGGUCUAG